CGUGCAGUCAUAAAAUACCUGACAAAAAAAGGGUUGACCCCAUCUCAUAUCAAAGCUGACAUGGAUGAAGUUUUAGGAGAGUCUGCUCCUUCGUACACCACUGUGAAAAAAUGGACAGCCCUUUUUAAAUCUGGCAGAGAAAGUGUGAAACAUGACCCUCGCAGCGGACGGCCGUCGACUGCUGUCACUGAAGAAAACAUCGACAAAGUUCACAAUUUGGUAUUAGCAGAUCGCCGUUUGAAAACACGUGAGAUAGCUGAGACAACAGGCAUCUCUGUCAACCAAGUGCACCAUGUCCUAACCGAAAAUUUGGGUAUGAUGCAGGUCUCAGCAAGGUGGGUGCCGCAUCUGCUGACCGCCGAGCAAAAACGUGUUCGCACUUUGAUGUCAAAGGAGUGUUUGGACUUCUACCAGAAAAACCCACAGGAUUUCUUGCGUCGGUUUGUGACUACUGACGAAACGUGGAUCCAUUACUACACUCCUGAAACAAAAGAACAGUCGAAGCAAUGGAAACACCACAGUUCGCCACCACCAAAGAAGGCAAAGACAGUUCCAUCAGCGGGUAAAGUGAUGGCCUCGGUUUUUUGG